AAGAAAUCUACACGAAGCUCACAACCAUAAAAUGUUAUCUUCUUCUCCUCCAUUAUCUUUUGUACCCUAGUUAAGCUUGGCUUCAAUGGCCACUCUUUCCUGGAAGAACUGUCCCUGUCUUUCUCUCCUUUCCUCUUCUUAUAUAAUCCCCACCUAUCCUUUUUCCAUUUCAACCAUCUCCUUCUUCCUCAAUUAACCUCUCAAUCGACAGCUUUACUGUUCACUAGCCUACUUACACUGCUACUUAGUUUGUACUUCCUCUCUUCUAAUUACCAUCAGGUAACAAUGGCACUAGAUCCUCAUGAAGUUGAAUUCUAUGACUACUUCCCUUCGAUGAUGGAGCGACUGGGAGCUGAAGGGUUUAUCAUGGAAUUAUGCAACGGAUUCCGGAUGCUAAUGGAUGGUGAGAAAGGAUUGAUUACUUUUGAAAGCUUGAAAAGAAACAGUAUUUUGUUGGGUUUGCAGGAUGUGGGAGAUGAUGAGCUUGUUUGCAUGUUAAUGGAAGGUGAUUUAGAUGGGGAUGGUGCUAUUAAUCAGAUGGAAUUCUGCAUUUUUAUGAUUAGACUAAGUCCUGGUUUGAUGAUUGCACCAAAACAAUGGAUGAAUGUUGAACUUGAUGUAAAUGAAAAUGCCCUAGGCAUGCAUAUCUAAAUCACUGUAGUUAUUACUAUCAUUAUGUUCCUGCAAUAAGUUCAUGCUUUUUUUUUUUUUUUCAGUAAUAAAGCAAUCAAAGUCAUUUGCUUUGUUUAUGAAAUUUAUGUAUGUUUGAGAUUUUUAUCAAAGUGAUGCCUAAAUGAUUAAAUA